UCUCAUUGGAUCCGAUUUAUCCGACAGUUUCUCAUGAAGUGCGAGUGGGAGGAGAAUUUCCAGCAACGAAGGAUAUCAAAAAUAAACCCCCUCGUGUCCAGAGAAGACCAGAAAGUAUAAAUACCACUGCUAUCCCCAGUCUUCUGUGGUACUGGUGAGUGCAUGGUAGAACAAGAUUUAGCUUCACUAUAGAGAUUGAGAAGAUAACGCGGGCAGACUGGGAAAAAGACCAGACAUCCUUUGACCAAGACUGGCUUUACAGCACUGGGAAGAAGAAAACAAAAACCCAUUUUAUUUGAACUUGCACACAAAAAUAACAGAAAGAAAGAAAAAAAUUAAAAUUUCAUUUCGUUCUAUUUUAUUUCUACCCAUUCUCGAGUGCAACGUCCGUUGCAGAAGAUGCGUACCGCGUUGCGUUUUAUCUUUCAGCUCCUGUGCGUAACCAACGUCGCCUUUUCCAGCCCUUUUGAAACAGAGGUUAUUCUGCCCAUCCGAGUUAAUGGAAGAAGCAACAGCCGGUUUUGGAAAAGAAGCGAGGAGCACCCGAGAUUCACGCUCAGCGCGUUCGGCAGAGAUUUCACCCUGAAUCUCACGCCAGAUAACAGCUUCCUCGCGCCAUCCUUCGUUGUGCAGCGCAUCGGCGCCAAAGACGUCGACGCUUUACGCAGCGCCCCAGGUGCCCGAGGCGGGGGCCCGGCGCCGGACACCGGCGUGAUCGGCAAGAGAGAGGAGACCCCGGAGCGGCUGAGAGGCUGCUUUUUCUCGGGCGUAGAUCACAACGCCAACUCGGUGGUGGCGGUCAGCUUGUGUGACGGCAUCUUUGGAUCGUUCAUAGCAGACGGGAAAGAGUAUCUGAUUGAGCCGAAGCUGCCGGGCUCGGGGAGAGGCUCUGCCGAACAGCUGCAUGUCAUCAAGAGAAGGACGCUCACCGAAGCACGCAGCGCUCCAAUCAUCUUUGAUCGCACGACGGAGAGGAGUCAAGCGCGCUACGACAAGGAAAGUUUUACGCACGGGGAGAAUGACGCACAGAGGGAAUCUCGCCGGAAACGCUUCGUGUCAGCGCCGCGCUUCAUCGAGACCCUGGUGGUUGCAGACGCCUCCAUGACCCAGUUCUACGGAGAUGAGAUCAAGCAUUAUGUCCUGACCCUGGUCUCCAUGGCAGCCCAGCUCUACAAGCAUCCCAGCAUCAAGAAUUCGGUGCACAUGGUGGUUGUGAAGAUGCUGGUGGUGGAGGAUGAGGAGGUGGGGCCGGCCGUGUCCAGCAACGGAGGCGUGGCUCUGCGUAACUUCUGCUCCUGGCAGCAGCUGUUCAACCCUCCCAGUCCAAGACAUCCGGAGCAUUACGACACGGCGCUGCUCUUCACCAGAGAGGAUAUCUGUGGACACCAAAGCUGCGACACCUUAGGGGUGGCUGACGUGGGGACGAUGUGUGACCCCAAGAGAAGCUGCUCCGUCAUCGAGGACAACGGCCUACAAGCUGCCUUCACUGCUGCACACGAGCUAGGUCAUGUGCUGAGCAUGCCGCAUGAUGAUUCGAAGACCUGCGAGAGGUUGUUCGGGAACCUGGGAGGGAAUCACCUGAUGGCUCCUCUGUUUGUCAGUCUCAACAAGACCUACCCGUGGUCGCCCUGCAGCGCGCUCUACAUCACAGAGUUCUUCGACAAUGGACACGGAGACUGUCUGCUGGAUGUCCCGGAAAGUAACAUGCCAUUACCAGGAGAGCUGCCAGGAAUCAUGUACAGUCUGGACCGACAGUGCCAGCAGAUUUUCGGAGAAGAGUUUGUCCAUUGCCCCAACACCUCAGACAGCGAUAUUUGCAACCAGCUGUGGUGUCGGGAGGAGGGCUCGCCCCACUGCACAACGAAGAAUGGAAGUUUACAAUGGGCAGAUGGCACCCCCUGCAGCCCCAAUGGGACCUGCCUCCAUGGGGCAUGCAUGGAAACCCAGCAGGCUUUGCAGCCACUAGUGGUUGUGGACGGUGGCUGGGGUGCGUGGGGACCAUGGCAACAGUGUUCUAGAACAUGUGGAGGAGGGGUGGAGUUCUCCUAUAGAGAGUGUACCGACCCCGUGCCUCAAAAUGGAGGGAAAUAUUGUGAAGGGCAAAGGGUUCAGUACCAGUCCUGCAACCCACAGCCUUGUGAGAAGGAUGAUGGGAAAAGCUUUAGAGAGGAGCAGUGUGAGAAGUACAACAGCCCCAACUACCUGGACUUCAAUGGGAACAUGAAAGAGUGGAUCCCCAAGUACGCCGGGGUGUCUCCCAGAGACAGGUGUAAGCUGUUCUGCAGGGCCAGGGGCAGCAGUGAAUUCAAGGUGUUUGAAGCAAAGGUGAUUGAUGGCACCACCUGUGGUCCCGACACUACAUCGGUAUGUGUCCAGGGCCAGUGUGUGAAAGCGGGCUGUGACCAAGUGAUCGGUUCCAACAAGAGAGUGGACAAGUGUGGUGUGUGUGGAGGAAGCGGGCUUACAUGUAGGAAGGUUACGGGUUCCUACAACAAAGCCACUUAUGGAUACAGCGACAUUGUCACUAUUCCAGUUGGUGCCACUAAUAUUGACAUCAAACAGCGGAGUCACCGAGGAAUAAGACAUGAUGGAAACUACCUGGCCAUAAAAAGAGAAAACGGUGGUUACAUCCUGAAUGGUAACUUCUCUGUGUCUACAGUAGAGCAGGAUAUUCCUGUUCAGGGUGCUGUGCUUAAGUAUAGUGGCUCCUCCACUACCCUGGAGAGGAUCCAGAGCUUCAGACAGCUACAGGAGGCCAUCACCAUCCAACUCCUCGCCACAGUGGGGGAGUCCAACCCACCCAAAGUUAAAUACACAUUUUUCAUUCCUAAUGAUGUGGCUUUCGCCAAAUCUAAGGAAAAGAAGGGCUCGUCACUGUCCGUUCAUAUGAUUCAUCCUUUUGGUGUGCCUGAAUGGGUGCUGGGAGAGUGGUCUGAAUGCUCCAAAAGCUGUGGUUCUGGAUGGUCAAGGAGGAACGUGGAUUGUCGAGACAAUGCAGGAUUCAUUUCAAGCCAAUGUGACAGAGACCUGAAGCCUGCUGACAUCAGGCCCUGUGGCGACCUGCCCUGCCCCAUGUGGCAGAUGGGUCCUUGGUCUGCCUGUUCACGAACUUGUGGCCAGGGGGAGCGCCGCCGCAGUGUUGUCUGUAUAGAUUACACUGGGAAGACUGUUGAGUCUGAGAAGUGUGACCCCGCCAAGAUGCCCAAGCCAGUCUCUGGUGAAUGUUUCAACCCAGAUUGCUUAUGAAGAAUUUGAAGCCCGGAGAACAAUCUGAAAGGGCUGACGAGUGAACUUUUUUUUUUGAAUCAAUCUCGUGCCUCAAAAUGGUAAAGGAGACCUUGUUUUACAAUGAGUGAAGUGUAACUGUGCUUAGCAACCAGUUGCAUUAGGUCACCGUCACACCAGGGGCAUUUGCCAGAAAUUUUGUCAUCUUUUAUUGACGUUUGACAACCACUAUUGAAAUUUAGAAAAUGGAAAUCUACCUCAGGACGUACAUGUGAUAUGUGUAGAUGCUAGAUGAAGGUACUGUGUUUGUGUUUCUUCCACAAAGGGAAGUUUUCUAGUCCCACUCUAAAUGGAGAAAAACUUUGUGAAUGAAGUUUUCGAUCGGCAUCCACCCAUUAUGUUUAAUAUACAUUACAUUAUUUUGUUCCUACUCUUGCUAAGAUAGCUGUCAUUUACAGUGGGGCUAGUACUAUGGCACGGAAUCUGCUGUCAAACCAGCACAGUGCAAAUAUACCUCCAAUUCGCCUUUACAGAACUCAGUCCCCAAUGAAGCUUUGAUCGAGCCAGUUGAAAAGAUGGAUGUUCUGGGAUUUUAAGACUGAGGAAUGUCCUCCUGUUUGAUUGCCCCCCCCCCCAAGAAUUUAAUCUAUUACCCAAUAUGAUCAUCGUAAAGGCAUCAAAGAAGGUGAAUCAGUUCAUCUGGACACGUUUAUUGACAGAUACGUUUCAUUGUUCAUCUAAGUGACCUCUUCAGUCUAAACUGACUGCAGGUAUCCCCACCCUUGUAA